AUGUCAGACGUCAGCGAUAACGACGCAACCGACGUAUCCGACGACGGAGAGCUUCCAAGUGAUGCCGGGUCCGCUUCGCAAUCGCAUUCGGAACAGGACGUCGACUCAGAUCCAGGCUCAGACUCUGGCUCUGAUGAAAAUGAGGAUGAAGAAAGCCAUGGCGACGCUCGCGGCCUACUGGACCUCGAGGCCUCAGAGUCUGGCGAUGACGAGGACGAUGGUGAUGAUGAUGAAUCAGAUCGAAGCUCAGCAUACGGGAAACGCACAGAUGGCUUGCUGGAUGGUAGCGAAACCAUCAGCUUCUGGACAGAUUACGAGUUUCCACAGUUCGCACAGCUGCCUCCCGAGCUGCGCUGUCGAGUCUGGGAGCUUUUCAGUCCUAUGAUUUGCGCGGAAUCGCGGAUAGUAACAGUCGAGCUCAGAAUGAUCGGAGAUGUACUCCGGGUAGACCCAGAAUUCGUGUUCGUCCUGCAGUACGCAAGCGUGGCUACCCUGUUGCAAAUCAACCACGAGAGCCGCGAUAUCGUCCUCAAGGCCCUCCCUGACACCCUUGCCGUCUGCGAUGACGACUGCUCGCUCGUGCGCUUCAAUCGUAGCAAGGACGUUGUUGGUCUUGUAAACCUUGAUGGGUGGAAAGACUGGAUGGAGCCGGAUCCUCUGCGCCCAGAAAACGCUCAACACUAUCAGAUCCCUGGGUUUUCUGAGAAUGUCGAACACCUCUCUCUUCACGACGUUAAAUUGGACUCCCGGGGGGCCAUUACCCCCCCACCAAACAGUUUGGGCGACCCUGCACAUAUUUUCGGCUUGCUCAUGACCUUUCCCAACCUCAAAGCAGUCUACGAGCUCAAAUACAGCAACAAACUGCCCAUGCGCUCUAUGCACUGGUGUGGUCAAGAAGAUUCCACCAAUACCUACGAACUGCGCCACCUAGAGGAAAACGACUACGGCGUGGAAACCGAAACCAGAUUUACUUACGUAUGGCCCAAGAUAGACAAGUUCGAGUUUCCAGACUCCCGUGAGAAUUUGCCAGAGGUUGUUGAUCUCGGUGUUUGGGCCGAGGAAUUCUCAGAAGACAACCCGCCUGAGAUGCCGCCCAACUUCGAAGACAGUGACGGGAACGAUGAGUUCCCAUUGAUGGUCUCUGAAGUUCUUGCUGGCAUCGAGAUGUGGCCUAUGGUGCUGUUUAGGUGCGGGGCAGGACAAAGGCGGCUCCAGAGGUUGAAAGACACCAAGUUGGAAGAUCUGGACGAUGAUGAAGAAGUCGAGCUUGAUAGUGAUGCUGAAGACUGGGUCGACAUGGAUAAUGACAGAGAAGAUCAUGACGGAGAUGAUCUUGAGAGUGAAGAGGACGAUGGUGAGAUGGAUGACUUUAUCGAGUACGACGAUUUCGACCAAGAUGCUCGGUCUGACCCGCCCCAGGGCGGCGAGUGGGAUGCUGAAAAUCCAGGAGAUGGGGACGAAGAUGACUUGGACCUUGGGCACGAAGCAGGCGCUCCUUUAUUCAUUGGCUUCUCGCCCACCCAAGAUUCAUCUGGCGCAGAGACCGACAAUGCGGGCGACGACGAUGGCAAUGGUGGACUUUUGGAAUCCGACGAUGCAGAUGACGACGUCCGUCCCUCCAAAAAGCGGAAGGCGAGGCGAGUGGUUGACUCAGAUGACGAGGAGGACGAGGAUGAGGAUGAAGACGUUCGGCCAACCAAGAUUCAGCGCAGAUCUCGACGUAUAGUUGCCCCUGACAGCGAAGAUGAGGACGAAGACGAACAAACCGACAGCGGCAGCGAUGGUGCCCCGGUACGAGAUACCAAGUUACGAGGCAACCAUUCUGAUUCCUCUGCUACAGAAGACGACUCUGAUUCCGAGGAUGAAGGAGCGACCAUAGACCGUGGCAGAAAUCUCACCUUUGCUGAGCGGCUAAGCCUUCAUAGAACUGAAAAUCCGUUAGACUCGGAUGGAGCUUCAAAUUCGAACGGACCAGAGAGCUCCGACGAGGCCACAGACCACAUUGCAUCCGACGACGAUAGCGGAGAGGACGAUGAUGGUAACAGUAAUGGCAUGGUAGACCAUUACGCGGAGGAUAUGGGUGACGGCGAAGAGAAUGGCUCGGAUGAUGACGGCGGAUGGUAA